GCAAGAGGUUGUAACUUCACAAUCUCUAGAGGGAAGAGUCGAGCCAAGAAAUGCAGGGACACGCUCGUACUGUUUAAAAUAGAGAAAUACAAACUGCCAUUACAUUGUUUCAAGAGGGAAUGGUAGGUAUUGUUUUAUAUAACAAGGUCGGGGUGGUGACGAAGGCUUUAGGUUGCGUUGUUAAAAACCUUUUGAACUGUGCGAAAAAACAAGGUGCAAUCACAUCGCGGCCUACGGUGGUUCUACCGUUUACCUCGGAUGUGGCAUUCAGUGUGGCUAUUAAAAAUAAACGGAGCUUCAAGCAAGCUACAGGACAACGUGCCCCGAGGAAAGACGAUGUGAUUUGUGGCACUCUGGUGUAAACUUGGAUUUUGUUCGUGUUUAUUAAGACUCGGACAGCUUGUGGUAAGAGAGGACGUUUCCCUGGGGUAACUUCCGCUUGCUGGAUUCGUUUCGUAAACGUCACCUUUUCAAGAUGUGUUUUCUUUAUAAUUUACUGUACAGUUUGUUAAAUUGUACGUAGCAACGUAAAACAGGCAGAUUUGCUUGUACGGUCGGUAUAAAGCGUUACAUGUAUGAUAGUACUUUAAAAUGUAGCGAUUAUACAGCUGGCCUUACAAAUUAAUCUAUAUAUCAUUCCCUUUGAGAAGCUAUGGCUAAGCGAAAAAGAAGCCUUUAUGAAAGCGCACCUUGCAAACGUUUGAAGAUUUCUGCCAAAGACACGUCAGGAUUGGAAUCGGAAGGAAACAUUAAAAUGUCCUUGGGAGAGGUUCAAGACAUGGUUAAGCAGGAAGCUUUUGCUCUGUUCAAACAGUUUGAUACCAAGUUUGAAGAACUGAAUGAAAGAAUUAAGAGAGUGGAGUGCAGCCCCAAACAUGAAAUGCUGGUCACGAAGUUGCAGGCACACAUUUUCAAAAUAAAGAGAAGGUUGCAAGAGGCUUUGAUUUCUGUGAACAAAGUGGCGAGACCCGUGAAGCCCAAGAUUUCAUCGGUAAUCGUGCUAGAUGAGAAUGUACCAGAGGCUUCCACCUCUCAACCAUCGUUGCCACAACCUCAGCAGUCCAGCACAGCAGGGACUCUGGCCCGGUCACUGGGUUCCUCAUCCUCGCCCUCAUCAGCAACUGUGCGAUCUGCCCAGGUCUCUCUGUGUCAGAAAACAGAUGGCCCUGACUGCAUUCUAGCUUCUAGCGUACCAGAAGUUGUAAGAGUUGCUUCACCUUGCCGAAAAGAGACAAGUAUUCUAGGAAUACCAAGUGCAAGAUUGUCAGUACUGGAGAAGGAAGUGGUGUGUGCUCAGAGCUCAGGGAAUGGGCCUGAAGAGAAUGCUGGGCUGAACAGACAGGCUUGCGUUAGUGAUGUGGAGAAAAUGAUUGACCUCACAACAGACGAUAAUGACGACCAACUUGGUGGUCUGCAGCCAGCAGCAGUGAAUGAAAGCAGUGUCAGUGUUGCACGUGUCAACCUGACACUCCGUUUACCAGCUAAGGAUCCUGUUAGUCCUUCACGCACUUUGCCUCCGCUUCCUGAGACGGCUGUUCCUCUUGAUCUGCCUGCUGUAGCUGCCUCCUUUAAUAUGCCUCAGAAACCUGAGCUGAAAGUGGCAAAAAUUGAAAACCCCAAAGCAGUGGGCAUACUGUGGGAUUUGUCACAAGUUGACACCAGUGUUGCCUCAAUUCAGAGCUACUGUUUAUAUGUUCUUCAUGAGAACGCUAAUGUUAGAAAGCUGCGCUGGAGGAGUAUGGGAGUCAUCAAAGCAAUACAGCUUCCAAUGUGUUGCAGGCUAACUAAGCUGAACCCUGGAAGGUAUCAUUUUGCAGUUGUUGGAAAGGAUAUUUACGGACGGUACGGACCCUAUAGUGAUAUACAAUCUACCACAGUCAGUGCUGUUGACUGUUAGGGGCGUUUCAUUAGAUGUUUUCUAUUUGACGUGGGAGAUACUGAACAUCCAUGGAGUAGAGUGGCUAUUCCAGUAAUGUCACUGUGUGAAAUAAUAAACGCAGCACUCCAUGAAACUUAAUAUAACAAGUACAGUGUAAGAAAGGUAGGUGUGUUGAAACCUGAAUUGGCAACAAGGUUUCAUUUCCAGUGAAUUUCACACUGGCAUUCUUCGGUUGGAUUUGAAUACAUGCACGAGCUAUGUGGGAGCCGGUAAAUGAUGAUCACACUACAGUAAUGAACAAGUUUGAUCUCUUUCAGCAUACAGAUAAGUGACAGCUUAUUUAUUGUUGGGUAGGAAAGAAAUUGGUGUAAUCAUAUGUUAGUUAAACAUGGUGUAGCCUCUUGCAGAAGCUGAUUUCAGGCUGCCUGUUGUAUUCUUAACAAGUCUUGAAGUACUUCUGAUUUGGAGAAUCACAAACUGCAUUCAGUCUAAUUUGAGUGGAUAGUGAAUUGUUUUUUUUUACCCUCUUAAUUGGUUGCAUACUUUUGUAUAAAUUCAAUAUUUACAGUGUUUUACAACAAGUAAUAAACAUUACACUGGCACAAA